AUGAAUCGUAAUACCUGCAUUGUGUCGGUGUACCGGGAACAUCAUCGGUUAUUGGCAUCAGUUACGGUCAUUACGGUCGACCCAAUGGCAAGUGAACGAUGGAAAAACGAUGUCGCACACGCGAUGAUCCCCUUCAAGCUGUUAGCGUGGCCCAUCGGCGUUUGGCCACUUCAAGUUUAUAACGUCUAUUCGCUAAUACGGUUCAUCUUGUCCACUUGUUGCAUGAGCACAAUAGUGAUCUUGCCUUCCAUGGAGUUUCACAUGGGCUGCACGAACACGGAGCAGAAUAUAGACGGUCUCAUGUUGGCCUGUUGCGGUGUACUAGGAGUACUGAAGAGUAUAUGUUUUCGCAUUUACGCGAAAAACCUAACUGACAAUUACAGUUCCGCCCGGGAUGAUUAUCUGACGAUUGAAAAUAUGGAGCACCGCGCUAUCAUGCAUAGACACGGUUUUAUAGGAAGAAUUCUCUCCUGUUUUAUGGUGUGCUUCUCCUACGUUAGUGUGAUAAUAUAUUCGCUAAUUCCUCUUCUGGGUGAAGAUCCGACUAGUAAGCAAGAUAGUCAGAUCAACGUAACAAUUGAAGACGCUGUAUUGGACUAUCCAAUACCAUCAAGAUGCGCGUUAGAAUACUUGCAUAUCCCAACGAGCAUAUAUAAAACUGUUUGUCUCUUGGAGUUUAUUGUCCUAGUACUUACAUGUACUUGUAAUCACGGUAAUGACUCUUUGUUUCUCAAUAUCACAUUGCAUGUAUGUGGUCAAGUGAAAAUUUUAAAAGCCAAUUUCGUCGACUUUGUUGUCUCAAGUCCACAAGUUUACGAUCGUUUCAAUGUUCUAAUUCAGAGACAUAACUAUCUAAUGGAAUUGGCCAAGGAACUGGCCGAAACGAUCAGUGUAGUUUUGUUGACACAGUUAUUUAUUAGCAGCGUCCUGUUGUGUAUAAUGGGGUUUCAAUUUAUCUUAGCGUUAAAAACACACAAUGUUGUUGUGAUGGGGAAAAGCUGCAUGGUAUUGUGUACCAUGAUGACACAAUUAACCGUAUACAGUUUUGUCGGGGAUUACUUGAAAUCCCAAAUGGAAGAAGUUGGAUUUUUCAUUUAUCAAAGCGCCUGGUACGAUCUUCCUGCAAAGCUGGCGAGACAUUUAAUCUUCGUCAUCAUGCGAACAAAAUCGCCCGUCAAGCUGCUGGCUGGAAAUUUCAUUGUGGUAAACCUGGCAACUUAUAUGAGUAUCCUGAAAACUUCUAUUUCGUACUUAUCUGUACUACGUGUGAUGAUAGAAACAUAA